AAAAGAAGGAAAGUGUGAGUACAUCGAUUAUGUUGUGAGAGUAAUUUAUCCAAGGACUUGGUUUGCCGUAUCCGUAGGUGUUCUGGGAACCGCAGCACCGGCAAUGGCCAAGCUACAAGUCACAGCGGAUGCUAAUAGCAUUGAAGACAUAGACAGAGCAAACUUCCAUCAAACUCCAAGGCGCUGUCCUCAUUCCCUUUUGGACACUUCUGAAAGCUCAGGAGCUGACAUCAAAGAAGAAGACGAGUUAAAGAGACUUUUAAUACCGAGGAUAGAAGACCUUCCAUCCGCUCCUCCAUCUGCGGUUGAAUCCAACUUCGUCACCUAUUAUGCUCCUGAUUUUAUGAAACCUGGACAUGAUCAGUAUGUCCGGCGUCAUGCUAAUGGGUUGUGCGUGAUUGGGAUAGCUUCAACUCAUGUUGCCUUCAAGGAUGAAGGCGGGAUUAUUGCUGUCGACUUUAAUGUGGGGAAAUCUGAUCGCAGUGGAAUCAAAGUCACUGGAAAGCGAAAGAAGAAUGCGCAACUCUUUGAGUCAAAUUCAGCAUUGUGUAAAGUGUGCACAAAGGAUACUUCUUACGUCGUGAGAUGCUGUGUAAAAGGCUCUCUGUUGGAAGUCAAUGAAAGACUGGUUGAACACCCAGAAUUGCUUAUAUCAUCAGUAUGAAAGCUUUGGCCAUACAUAAUUCAUUCCUUUUACCUUUGGUAUUGGUAUUGUGUGAUUAUUUUUUCCAGAAUGCUCUCCACUCUUAAUAGGCUGGUGUGGGGUGAUAUGGGGUAGAGGUAGGGGUAGGGUUAAUGGGAGGGGGGAGGGGGGAACUAGAGUUUUAACUACACAAUAUAAAUCUUGUUAGGUUCAAUUUGGAUGGAGGAUUCUCAAGGACUAAGUCUAGAUCUUGAGAUUUCAUAAAUUUGAUGAGAUAACAACAUAACCUAGCAGGUGACCAUAUAACAAUUGAAUCACCCCUUAUCCGGUUUUAGGAAUGUUUAUACUUAUCAAUCAUCAUCAUCAUCAUCAUCACCCUAGUGCCGCAAAGGCUCCCCACCUACGGUGGGGUAAGGGUGGAUCGGAUGUACGCAACCUUACCCCUGUACUAAAACACAGAGAGGUUGUUUUCGGAUGACCCAUAGUGAAAAUCGCGUCGAAGAUUACAUGGACUAAUUGCUGUUUCAUAACAAAGAAGCACAUAUAGUUUAGUGAGUCAUUUUGCUUUAUUCCAUCAUAUUCCAAGCCAAAAAAUAGUGAGUCUUUGGCUCCAUUGCAAAUGAUGGAAUAUUUGCAAUGGAGCUAUCCAGAGCAUAACAUGCAAAUUAUUAUCCAAGUAGACCUUUAUAUUAUUAUUACUAUUAUGAUUUGAUAAAGGGAAAAAAAAUCUAAUAUGGACUCCUAAACUUUCAAAUGUUACUAAAUUAGGCCCUGCCAACACUCCCAUUUGGUCAAUAUUAGUCCUCAAACUAUACUUUCAAGUUUCAAUGUAAUGCACCCCUCAAAGGCACUCUCGUUUGCGCACGUUCUCCAGAUUGAGGAAACACGGACGUACAACAGUGAAGCUGUUUUAACUAGUUAAAUCUAAGAACCAUAUAUAUGUGAAUAUUGGUCAGUAAACCUGUAUUAUGCCCAUAUCUAUGUUCAGAUCCUGUUCCUUAUUACUUAAAUAUUGCACAUUUGUACUUCAUUUUUCGGAAUCAUAAUAUAACCUUCUUCCAUUAAUUUAUAGCACUGUUGAUGACCCAUCAACUUAUAUACCAUCAUUAUCUUUAAAAUCUUCCAUUUCAUUUAUUAAGGUUUUUAAUAUAAUGAAGCAUUAUAGUUAAUUAAAACAUAUCAUAUGUGUGUGUGUCCAUUUUAAUGUUUUAGUUAUUCUCUAAUAAUUUAUGUGCUUUUUUGGGAUGAGCUUAUGUUCUCUUACAGUUAAAUUAAAAUUUACCUUAUAGGUUUGUCAUUUUACCUUGCAAUGUUUUUAUAAGUAACUUUAAUUUAUUUAUUGAAUUUAACCUUCUUUUGCAUAGCUUAUAUAUUGAAUCUAAAUCUUAUUUAGUUCCGUACAAUUUGUUUUCAUCCAUGUAAUUUAUACGGUUUUUCAUUUAAUUAGUUUUUCACUGAUCCCAGCAACCUAUAUAUCAUCAUGAAACAUACAAUUUUUUGUCAAGUUAUUCCAACACUACUUUAAAAUUUUCAAGAUAAUUUCUAAAUUGUGAAUGAUUAGAGUCAUUUAAUUUUUAUUCCACUUUCAAGAUAAUUUCAGAAUUGCGAAUGAUUAGUGUCAUUUAAAUUAUAUUCCACUAUGAGGCUUGAUAGGGAACUCAACAACGAAGUAGAAUAUUAGUAUAUUGUUGAUGAAGAUUUCAGAACCCUAAUUGGUUUACAAUGGCGCAGACAGGAAGAAAGAGAAGAACGGAUACUUUGAGACGCUUCGAGCUGAAAGAGAGGGAUACAUUGCUAUUAUAAUGCCAAAGCCAGUAGACUGGCCAACGACCAAAGCGUCGUUGCUGCUGCUGGGACAACAACAGUAAUAAAAUCGCUCUAGGCAGACGCUAUAUUAUCUUUGUAGAGAGCAAAAUGGAGCAGAUUUGCUGGAAACGCUAGCUGGUCAAGUUAAGUUAAAUUGUGAAGCAUCUGUUAUACAUUUCAACCAAUUUCGUCGUUGUCUAGGUCUUGAUUGUUUUGGGCAAAGCUGGUGUAUCAAUUGGAUAAUUUUGGGGAUAACAAUUCUAUACCAAAAAAGGAUUGGGUGUCUAAUGUAUUGUUGUAAAAACCUCCUUGGGCCACCUGUUUUUUUGUGUGUUUAGGACAGUAUACCGCUGUUUAGGAUAUUGUAACCCUCCCAGUCUGGCAUAAUGUGCCUUCCUGCGUUUUACAUCAUUUAGUCUUUUCAUGAGUUAUAAAUUGAUAGAAAAAAUGGUUGCCCAGUGCACAAAGGCAUUUCCGCUGUGAAAUAUCAAUGUGGCUUACCAAUUGGUAGCCCUAGCACAUAUAUUUAUAAUAGGUAAAGUUUUACAAAUU